AUGCCCCCUCUUUCUUCUAGAAGCCGCCGCCCUGCCGACAAGCCCCCAGGCAUAAAUGAAAAUAGUGUGAGAGAAAAGCUCGAAAAACUCUCUGUGAAAAAUAUGGAGGAAAACCCCGUAGGAUGUAAAACCUCCGACCACACCAUCCGUCCAUCUCCGCCAACCCCAAGAUUCCCCGUGCCCGUUGUCCUUGCCUUCCGUCCAUGUCCCUCUUGGAGGCCUGAUAUCUCCGACAUGAUACCUUGGACCGGCGAUGAGAUGGGCCCAACCUCCCAUCUCUGGCAAUCCCCAUUAAUGGGUGGGAAGGCCGCCAGCCUCCGAUUUCUGGGCGAAACGGGAUGCUCCCACCGAGUCCGAAGGCCUUGUUGUGUUGUAAAGGGGAGAAGGAGGAGGAAGUUAGGGUGGUGGUGUUGGUGGUGGUGUAAAGACGGGGUCGGUGCGAGUGAGAAAAAAAUUUGGGAAAGAUGCACGCCUCCGAAAUGGCGCCCACCUGCACUCGAAGAGGCGAGGUGGGUGGCAAGGCCGCCAGCCUCUCCUUGCCUGGGCACCCCCGAUCAAUGGGCACAAGGUGCCCCACACCAGGUCCGGAAGAUUAUAUGCGAGUGGGCGAGGAGAUCUGUUGGAGAAGAUGAUGUCGAAGAAAGAUUAGUCGAAGCGAGUGUGGUCGCGGUCUUACGGAGGAGGAGGCCGUCCACGAUCUGGAAGCUUCGAGAAGCCGUCGAAGAGAUGGGCCCAGCCUCCACAUCCCGUGGCAUUGCCCGAUUAGAGGGCGUCGCAAUGCCGCCACCGAAUCUAGACCAAGCGAUGUAAGAGAUAGGAAGGAGGAGACAGGACUGAGGAAAGCGGAUUCGAAGAAAG